CGAGACAGCCCAACCUUGGUACUACGGCUCUAAGGAACCAUGACUGAUAGGACUAACGUACUAGAUCAUUCCCCGAUCAUCUUCCGUGUUGGCAAGUCUCCCUGAUGGUCCUCGGCGCUCCUCCUGGUCGAUCGAUGCUUCUGCGGCCUGAUACCUGCCCUUGCCUCCUCCCGCUCUCGAGACUUCCUUCCUACCUCUCGAUCAAUGGACCAAAGCACGGCUUCUAUGACGCUAUCUGCUUCUCAGGGACUCAAUGCUGUCCGUAAAAAGACGCCCGGAGCUUGCGAGAAGUGUCGUGAGAGAAGAGUCAAAUGCAAUGGCAUCCAGCCAUGUGAUCAGUGCUUGAAAAAGGACUUUCAGUGCACCUACAGUUUCGCCUCGACUAGCGGAAAUGAAGCUUUAUCAGAGAAGCUAGAUCUCGUCUUGUCACGUCUUAGUCGGGUAGAAGAAGCGUUGAAUCAAAAUGCACAACUCUGGAAUGGUCACAAUGCCAAAAUCCUCCCGGCACAGAAAAGAAGAGGUGGACUUGCACAACUGAAUCCGCAGAGCGGAUGUGUUGAGUACUACGGCGGUACAUCUGCAUUUGUGGUGGCUUCAUCAUUGGGGAAGCGAGUUCGGCAGCUGGAAGAAAUUUCCAGCGAUUGUCAGCCUUCAAAACUUCGCCGCGGUGAUCUUUGUCGACGCAUCCCCGGCACAAGCACGAAAGAUAUGAGAGAACUUGAUCUAUAUGAAGUCACCAGUUUCUGCGACUAUGUCGUCCCUCCAACCGAGUUGCACCAUCAUCAUAGUCUACGGGAAGAUGUGGCUGAUAGGCACCUUGACAACUUCUUCAAGACAAUCCACAUUUUCCUUCCAGUUUUCGACGAAGAUAGGUUCAGAGAGAGAUACCAUGCAGUGCGGCCACUAUUCGGAGAUAAUCGCCUCUUCACCCCAAAGUUGAGCCACCAGAAUCAGCCGCAAUUUGUCUCUCUCUUAUAUGCUGUCCUCGCCCUCGGAGCAUUGUAUGAAGAUGAAAAAGACGACAGUUCUUCAUGGGCAUCAUGGUAUUUUGUGCAAGCUCAGGAAAUACUUGGCCGGUACCUAGAUGCGAUUGAUAUUCAAUUGGUCCAAGCGGCGAUGCUUAUGGGCGCUUACGCACAGCAUGCCAUUAAGCCUAACCUCGCAUACGUGCUUAAUGGGCUUGCAGCUCGUUUGGCAUUCUCCAUUGGCAUUCAUAUUGAAUCAGUCCCUGCAAAUCCCCGAUUUGACGCUGAGGAAGCACGGCGUACCUGGUGGUUGAUCUUUAUCCAAGAGGUGGAAUUGAGUCUUGAUUCUGGCAGGCCAAUGUCAGUCCGCAUGUCGGAUAUGACGGUCAAAUAUCCUACCAUUGAGUCGACUGUCGGAAAACAUAUUAGGCCUUGCCAUAAUCAAGUAGCAUUUAUCCCGUUGCUAGCAGAGAUAGCAAAGAUCAUUCAGAUGGUGCUUCAGCUGGCCGACGAUGCGGGAGACCAGCAUAACUCAAAGGCGGCUGCCGAGACGAUUGCAUUGCUCUGCCACCUGGAAGCAUGGCGUGCCGAACUUCCUACCUAUCUUCGCUUCGACAGUCCCGAGCAUGAUUUCAAUAGCAAUCCAGGCUUUUCGCCAACCUGCUGGGAAGCCAGACAGCAAAGCAGCUUACGAAUACACUACAAUCUCGCAGUGAUCAUAUUGCUUCGAAAAUCGUUGCCCAAACCCAGUAAAAGACCGGAUGGGCAUAAUAUCGCAGAUGCAUCUACAAACCAGGCAGCAAUAUGCAUCCGUGCGGCUCGCGAUAUGAUACAGCACGUGCACGAGCUCUUCCGUCUUGCACCCAGUCUAAGGCGAUGGAGUUACUACUGCUUUUACUGCCUUCAGGCUACUCUGGUACUUCUUACAAAUAUCACUAAUGACAAUUCGGCUAGUUGUCACCAGGAUCCUCAUGCUCCUAACUAUCUAUCGACAGGCCACGACGCAUCAGGACUGGGUUUGUCACGCUCCAUCGAGGAUGACUUGCAUCUAUGCGAGAUGAGUGUUCAAAUCCUCCAACAAAUUGAGCUUAAAGCCUCUAGGCGCUGUGCGGAACAUGUGUCACGAUUCCUCGAGAAAUGGAGAGCGAAAAGGCUUCGAAAAGUUGUCUCCAGUGCUGCAUCAUCACUUUCCACUCACCCGGGUCCACACACUAUAGAGAAAACGCCCCGACAAUACAACGAAGAUAGUCCUUGGGGUAUUCGACCAGAAACAUCGCAUCCCGGAAGCAUCAAUUCGCAAAUAUCGGACACGUCGCGGCAACAUCCUAACCGUUUGUCGAUGGCAUCGACUGCAACACCAUAUGUGACCGACUUAUUUAAGAACUUGUCAGCCUCAUAUCCCUCACCAUCGCGAGACAUUUCUGUGCCAAUGGGAGUAUCGGCUGUUGAUGGAAAUGAGGCAGCAACAGACGCCACGAAAGACACGUCUCCGAUGUCGCUCGGAGGGCUGCAGGCUGACCUCUACAAUGCGCUCUACCAUGGCUGUGAUCAAGCAGAGGGGCUCAAUUUCCUAAUAGACAAUACAUGGUCUGGUGUCGGAUGGGAUGAUCAAGGCUUUGGGUUCGACGAUGGUUUUAGCACAGGGACAGGGUAGGAUUUUGAGCGAUCUGUGAAUGUCUCGACAUGACAAUUUGAAUUUAUGGAAGAGAACGUGUUGGCUUGUACUGACUUGUCCGAUAUCCGAGCAUCGAUUAUACCUUUUAUUAGCCAUACGGAACUCGACAGUACUCCUCAACUCUGCUCAUCUUCCUAGCGAGAAGCAUUUGUUGUAUGCAGAUUCCCGGAUUGAUUACAACAGGCUUAUGUGAAUGUCGACAAGAUUCCAGGAAAACCCAAACGGAAUUCUGGGAGAUGUUUUCAAUGUGUGCACUGUCGAAGGUUCUUGAGCCGUCAGGACCGCGCACAAGAUCGGUUAACUGAAGCGGUUAACUGAAGGCAGGCCUGCUCCACCAUCGCUUUCGAUAAGUUAGCGAGAAGUCCGGACUUGGAUGUAUCGCCC